AUGGAAGGGACCCGCCGGAGGUGUAGCGACUGGUUUUUCAGCGGAGGACGGGCUCGCGGGCAGGGGAAAACUCGCCGGGAAGGAGGCUCGUGGAGAAGAACUCGCCGGGAUUGUGGAGUUGCAGGCCUGCUCACACCUCGCGGAGGGAAGAAAGAAUCUCGCCGGAAAUCUGGUGGCGAGAUAGAGUUGGGAGCAGAGAAGGGUUUUCUUUCGGCGAACGGGAUUUCUCUUGUUCUGUUCUGCUUGCUGGAGGAGUUCUCGCCGGUUGGAGUGGUGGCCGGAGGUGAUGAGGGUGUCUCAACCUCUCGCCGGUUCGAGUCCAGCGAGAUGCUAGCGGCGUAUCUGGCAUCGACGCCGCUCCUCGAGGAAUCGUGGCGGCAAUGCCGCAGCGCCAACGCCGCCGCCCAGCUGAGCUUCGCCGUGGAUCGGGUGGGGACGGUGGCUUACGUGGCGUUCUCCGGCGUGCAGGUGGUUGAUUGCGCGGAAGAAAGUUGCUGGAGUUUGGUAGAUCUGGAAAGUGGCAGCGGAAAGGGGAUUUUCGGUCCGUUUUGCGGCGGCGAUGAAGAAGAACCGGUCAUGGUGCACGGCCGACUGCUCCGACUUUUUCUUUCCUUUUACCACACCCACAAUUUCCAACAAAAGUUUAGCAGUACUUUUAAUUUUGAUGUAUAA